AUGCCGAAAUCACUAGAGAAAACACGGAAGAAGAUUGCUAAGAAGAAGGGCAACAUCACUGCUCUUCACGAAAAUUCAAGAGAUUCACAACGAUUGCGACGGGCGCAGAAUCGAGAUGAUAAACUCCUUCGAGUCGCAACGGCCAGGAAGAAGAAUGACAAACCUUUAGUCAUUCGUGCGCAGUAUUUCCAAGAUGCGAUUCGGGAAAAUGAGGGGAAACCUCUGGAGCUCCCAGCAAUCCAAACCAUUAUUGCAGCGUUUGUGCAUCAGCAUGAUGAAGAAUUUAACGCUUUGAAGAAAGAGAGGAGGCCGGGCAGACCAGCAAGCACGAGGGAAGAUCUACUGAGAAUCAAGAUUACAGCAGACGAGAAGGAAUAUGAGAAUGGCUUUUAUUUGCCAGAUCUCACGGAUGCCGAUAAUGUUGUUUUUCUGGACAGAUGGGAUGGGGCAUGGUCAUAUCUUUCUACCUUGAAAUGGGUGCGCAUUUCAAGUGCUGGUCUAGUGCAGGCUUCUAAAUUCCCGCCAAAAGGCGAAUCAUGA